AUGACUGUUACCAAACCGUCCGCUUUGAGCGCAUCAGCGCUUGAGAUUGAAUGGACAAAGAAUCCAAAGACAGUUCCUGGGUCUGUUUCUCCUGAGGUUUCCAGCUUAAAAGCAACCACCGAUCACAUGAUUACGGCUUCGUGGUCUUCCGCCAAAGGUUGGGACGCACCAAAGUUGACACCUUACGGGCCGAUUCCUCUCUUGCCCUCUGCCAACGUUUUGCACUACGGAACAGCGUGCUUCGAGGGCAUGAAGGUUUACCGCGGCUUUGAUGGUCGUCUCCGCCUUCAUCGGCCGCUUAGUCUUGGUCUGUGGGUCCCAGAGGAAGCACUCUUGUACAUCUUCCUUAUCUACUGGCCUUCACUUAACCCUUCGGCAUCUCCGGGUGAUGAGGAUCUCAAAACGGGCAUACGUUUGUUGGGGAGCUCGGAGACAUCUGUCCGAGCAUGGCCGGGAGGUACGGGAGCUGCGAAGGUCUCCGCCAACUACGGCCCAACAAUUCAAGCCCAUGGGGAGGCUCGAAAGCUAGGCUAUGACCAAGUCCUUUGGCUUUUUGGGCCCGAUCGUCAGAUUACGGAAGCGGGCUCCGCAAAUAUGUUUGUCAUUUGGAAGACGUCGAUGGGAACCCUCGAGAUGGUGACACCACCCCUGGAUGAAAGGAAAAUCAUUCUCGCCGGUGGGACGCGCAGGUCUAUCCUUGAGCUUUCGCGCAAGAUGUUCGCUUCGGAGCCCACCGAAGGGGACAUUGGAAAACUAGAGGUGGUGGAAAGGGAAAUCACAAUGUCAGAGGUUGUCAAGGCGUUGGAUGAAGAGCGUCUUAUGGCAGCAUUCGUGGUUGGAACAGCAGCUUGGAUCCAACCAGUUGCUGAGAUCUCAUUCGAUGGGCAAACCCUCCGGCUUCCCGUAGGAAAGGUGCCGCAUGUGCUGUUACUGAAAGAGAAGCUACAGGCCAUUUUGUAUGGAAAAGAGGCACAUCCAUUGGCUGAUAUAAUCGAUGAGGAGUAA